AUGGUUGACUGGGAGAUACACAACAAACUUAGCUUACUUGCACUUUACCUCGAAAAUUUCCCAGACACGAUACCCUUGGUGCAUGCUUCGGCUACACAGUAUGGCUUUGACUUUUAUGCUGCCGAUGAUGAAGAUAUCUUGGACAUGGGCGAGAUUGGCGCUCUGAAUCGGGCAUUCGAAAUUCGACUGGGUCAACGCAAUAAUGGGCCAAUUAUCUUCAAGGAGCGAGGUGUUGGUCUCGAAGGUGUUGUUGACGUGCUGAAGUCAUACUUCGAGAAGCACGAGCAUUCGAACGAGGUCGCAUUACUUCACAAAUGGCUGGAUGAUCUCAUCGUUACAAACCUGAGGUAUAAUGCAAAUCCCGCCAAAAAAUUGCUUGUUCGAUGGCGAGACAUGGACGAAACUAUUUUCCACAAGCGUACAGCUUCAGACAUGGAUAUGUCUGAAGACCUUCCACUCCCUGGACGCCGUCCACCUCAACCAAGACCCUUCAACUCCAAUCCACCCAACGACGCUGGUGAUCCCAAAUUUCCCGAUGAUGGUGCUGAAUGGCUGAACGACGAGCGAGGACUGGCGAGCGAGUUUGAAAAAGUUGACAGCUCAUAUUUCUUGCUUGCAGGGGCAAAUGUACAUAUCGAGUUGCGCUCUCCCUAUCUCCGCGACUUCCUGGACGAAACACCCCGAAACAUGAAUCCCCAUGCCAAGGUGUUAACAACAUCGUCCAUUGUCGCGUCAUCGUCGUCGUCGUUAGAGGCAAUUCCUGAUGCAAAAGCCUGGGAUGUAUGGCCGUAGAACCACAUUUACCCUAAUUAACCGUUAAACUCGUCAAAUCUACAAGUAAAUUAGCGCUAAUUAGCAGACUUGCAAAUUUACGCUAAUUUACAUAGGUUAAUUUGACCUCCCAGACAGCCUUUGCUAAUUAGCCCUGUUAAUCUGGCCUCAGACCAGAUUUACAGGACACUAAUAAU